UAAUCAUGUGUUUAACCCCGUCGCUACAACCUAAGUAAAUUUUCUUUCCUGUUAACCGCUCACGGCUCACCACACGGACUACCUAGCCGGAUUCUGGCGGAAAAUUCGUCGACUACCAUCUCGACCGUAGGAGUUAAGUUUCGUACUCAAAAAAAAUCCUAAAUACAUAGAAAUGAACUCAAGACUAAUAGUCCUGGGCUCAAAGCUCGCCUUCCGAAGUUCACCGCGAAUGUUCACAACCUCGGCAGCGAGGUUAAGUACAAGCAAGGAUGAAGGAUUCCCUGAUCCAUUGGAUUUAGCCACGGGUAUUGAAAAAAAAGAAAUGCUUUUGCGUCUCGCUGGAAAUGAUGAUCCAUACAAUUUAAAAUCUAUUAAACGAGGUGUGGGAACCAAAGAAACGCCAAAUGAAAUUCCUUCUGCCUUUGAAGCUAGAAUUGUUGGUUGUGUCUGUGAAGAAGACUCAUCACAUGUUAAAUGGAUGUGGCUACACUCGGGCGAGCCAAAACGUUGCUUCUGUGGACAUUGGUUCAAAUUAGUUUACAAGGAAGCACUUGUAUAGAUAAUUAAAUGUCGUCGUUGUUCAACCAUAUUUAACAAAUUUAGUCCUGCUCCAAAUAUUUUUUGUUUGUAAAAUCGUUUUGUCAUUAAAAAAAGUAUUGUUGGCAUCACUAUCAAUUUUUACUUAGAUUAUUAUUGUCAGAUCCAGAACAGUAUUAAACAAUAUUGUUCCUUAAAAAUUAGCUUUGUAUCAAUGAAAGCACUUAUGUUUUUUUUCCCAGGUCUCUUACAGUUAUGCAGAAUAUCAAUUAAAAAAUAUUUCACCAAAUA